ACCUUUUUUUCAAUGAAUAACUACCUUCCAAAUCUCCCUACCACCCUAGUGAACAGCAGCGAGGGAGAGGAACUAGUGCUGACCAACGUGGAGCGAUCAGACAUGGGCCCGUACCUGUGCAUCGCCAAGAACGGAAUUCCGCCGUCAGUUAGCAAGAGGAUUUUGCUUAGAGUACACUUCUCACCGAAGCUCCACGUACCCAUUGACAUGAUGGGCUCGCCGCUUGGUAAAAACGUCUCGAUUAAGUGUACGAUCGAGUCGUCGCCGCGAUCGGUCAAUACUUGGCAUAAGGAUCCAGGCAAACAGAUGAUCAUCAGCAGCCCGAAAUACAACGUAUCAGAGUACCACGAAGCCUUCUACGUCACCCACUUGAGCCUAACCAUCAGGAACUUCAGUAAAGAAGACGUGAACACCUACCGUUGCUCUGCCAGUAACUCCCUCGGAGAGACUGAGUCCUCUGUGCAUGUGUAUGAGAUCCCUCAGGAACCUCGCAUCAACAAGAACAAGGACGACUCACGCCUCGAGAACCACAUCCCGAGCUCCGAGUACGAGAGCAACACCAAGAACGACUUCGCCUUCUACACCGACCUCGAGGACACGAAGGUCGACGCCACCUACAGAGACCCUUAUCCCCCGGGGUCCGGCCUCCAGCCCACGGGGAAGGAGAAGGAGGUGCCGGCGAAGGAGGCGAACUCUCACCAGAAGAAACCUUCAGGCAUCCUUCCGUUCCCGAUCUUCAACAGCAGCCAGCCUUCGAGUUUCGCGUUGGCGUCCUGGGGUUCCUUCGGCCUCCUGUUGCUCUGCCACGUCCUGGCGGGUUUUCGCCCGCUGUUGUUCUGAGCUUGAUGUUGCAUAAUGUUGCAUAAUGUUGUCCUCCCCCCCUCUUAUUUCCCCCUGUGUGAUCUGCGGCCUUCCGGUUUUCUUGGGAGGCUCACAUGGGGAAAGGAAGCAACCCCAUAUCCACUGACUGUUGGGUCUUUACUGAGAAAGCAUAGCAGGUCCUGCAUACAUCCAACCCUCGUUAGUGUGGCUCAAGUCUAUUUCGCUGAAGUUACUUUUCAUUUUACAACGAAUUUUUGGCUCCGUUGUAUCACCAUCUUCGGUAGAGUAGUGCGUCUGUUGAUGUUCUGUAAAUAUAGAUGAGUUAGCAUAUUUUUAUCAUUACUUAGAGACGACCAUAGUGCUUCCAUUCUUCAUAUCACAGGAACAGGGUUACGGAAUCCUAGGUUUAUGGUGCAAACACAGACAAACACAGCUGCGACCAUACAUACACACAAACAAUCAUAUCCACACAGAUACACCCACUAGCCAAACAAACAAAGCACACAUCAAUACGCACAAAACACGAACUUAGGCUCAAAAGUGAACCGAGGCUUAAUACCCCAGACAGUGUUUGUGCCCGUAUACCACACUCCUGGGGUUCCUCAGUGUGUUUUUUUGUUUUUUCCUGAAGCUCAACUACGCGACCAUGACCGAGGGG